CAAAAAAAAAGCACGCCAAACAUACAUUAACAUUUUCGCGCGUGAAUUUUGCAAAAAUUGUUAAAUUUUACAUAAAAUUAAUGAAUAAAAAUUAAAUAAAUUGUUCAGAACGAACUUGCUGGUUGUUCGAGAAUGAUAAUAAAAGCAAAACAUAUCUGAAUAAAUAACGAAAGUUACAUUUUUUGAUUGUUUCUUGUGGCGUGAAAAUUUUUUUGUGCUAGACUUAUAUUUUUUUUACACACUAACACACACAUGCUUCUAUAAACAACAAAAAGGAAUUUUUAAAGAAUUGAAAAAAUAAAACACUUGAGGAACACGAUUAAACAUCUGCCUUGGGAAAAUAGUUAAAUAAAAUUAAUAGGAAUUUUAAUAAGUAAAAUCUAUAAAAAAUGCCUAUUUGUAAACGCGAUGGCUUCGACAAUGCUCCCUCUAAAAACAAACAAGAUGAAACGUUUCAAGAUAACGAAGAGGUGUUUUUCUGCGAGGUGACCAAAGAGAUAUUCAAACAAUAUGAGGACUACUUUCGUCAUGUGAUGGCUAUUAAUUCGACCGUGUGGCAAUGUGAAGCCACCGGCAAGGAUAAUCUGACAUACGCCGAGGCUUUAAAAAGUGAAAAACGAGCUCGCAAAAAAAUGGAAACGUUUAAGGAUAGUCUGCGUCCACCAGUGAUGCUGGUUAUAGAACACGCCAAACAAAGUUCUUUAAACGUUUUGAAUGCUUUAACAUUUCGGUUCUUGCGCAAACGUUUCUUUCUCAACGAAGAAGUCCAGGUUGUUGAAAAAAAUAAAUAUGCUCAAUAUACUGUAAUUGACAUACACACGGCCGAUAAGAUUGUACCAGCGAAUGGUGUGUACGAGGAUACAGAUAAUUUAUUAUACAAGUUGAAAGGCACCGGCAAGUCACAAACAGAGGCUACCGUUCCAUUCGACAAGGUCAAGCGGCAAAGGUUUGAAUUCACGUCGGAAAAUUUACAAAUGUUUAUUAAGAACAAUAUCGUACGAGUUGAUGGUAUUUUGAGGCCAAAACCGGAAUCCUACAAAAAAUACGUCACAGAUCGGAAUAUUACAUUCAACAAAAUAUUUGUAGGAAACAUGCCACAUUUUACUCCAGCAAAAAUAAAGAAACCGGAGGAGGUCAAAAAGCAAUCAACCCUUAACAAUUAUUUUGGCAAAAAGCCAGAAAGUGAAAAGUCCUCAAGUAAGGCUGUCAGUGCGCAAGAAAAAGCUAAGCUAGAUAAGGAGAAGGCAGUAAAGUCGGAGGCCAAGGCAAAGUCAUUAAAAGAAGAAAUGGAACGUGUAAGGCGACAGAAGGAAGCACAACUUGUGGAGCAAAUGCGGCAAAGAGCCGAAAAACGAGCAAAACUUAUGGAGAAAAUUGAAGAAGAAUGCAAUGCGUUACUUACAAAAACGGAUGACUUGGAGAGGACCGACCAGCAUCUGAUGCCAACGUUCACUCCUGUCAGUACCAUUUUGCCAUCAAAAUUGGUUGGUGAUGCAUUUAUGUUGCGCGAAUUCAUGCAUACAUUCGUCGGUCUUUUGUCGGGAAUUGAAGUUUUCCGUGGAAACCUGAGUUUCUUUGAAAUGACUCGUUCGUUCACCACACGAGAAGUGGCCGGACCACUUUCUGACAUCAUACUCAUUUUGUUGGGCACCAUUAUGGACCUGCAACGAGAGGAAGAAGAUGAGGCUUAUGUUGAAUACAAAAGAGCAGAAGAACCCAUUCCCUUUUGGUGCCACAAAUAUGUAAAGCGGCAUUUUUCAUUCAAAAUCAAUGAUCUACCAAUGGAUGCCCUCACAGUAAGCGAAGUUUUGCGCUUACACAUAUUAUCUUCGGGGGCUGUGGUUAAAAAUAAAUCGGCCGAAAAAUGGCGUAUUAUGUACAGGAACGGUUACACUUCGUCCGAAGACCCCGGUAUAUCGCUACGAAUGCAAUAUCCUCACAUACUCAGAGCUCUCAAACUAUACACUGUCUAUCAAUUGCCAUUCGUCGAUAUCAUGCGUAUUCUGAAGUGUCUAAUGUCGCAGAUGCUGACGUAUUCAGCGACUAUAAAUCUCAUUGAAGAGAGAAUGGAACAAACCAGUAGUGCUAGACAGGAGCUGAAGAAUCUUGUCACAACAGAAAAUCAAAGAGUGACUAGGAUGCAAACACAAAAGCGUGUGCUGACCAAUGAAUUCAAUCAGCAGUGUAUGGAUGACGAAGUUAAAAAGGACGUGGAGAAACGUAAAAUAUUAGAAGACAAGCUGAACAAAAAAGUAGCUGAGCUCCUGGUGCAGUCUGAGCGGGAACACAAGAAAUUUCAACAACAAGUAUUCAAAUUGAAUGAAACUCUGUUCAACUUUCUUGUUUAUUUGGGCAUGGAUCGAGCCUAUCGUAAGUAUUACGUGUUGGAAUCAAUGCCGGGCAUUUUUGUGGAACAACCAACCGAUUGCAUGGACAUUUGUUUGGAAAAUCCACCAAAGAACAAAUUGAGAAGUGGGGUAACUGCAAACACUGCAAAUUUGCCUAAAACCCGCAAAGAACUGCGUGCAUAUUUGUUGAAAAUGUACACUGAGGAAGAAAAGAAGACCAGUAUGAUCGCAGCCGCAAACAAGAAAGAAAAAGAGACAGUGGCCGCCCAGGAAGACAAGGAGAAUCAAAAUCAACAAAAUGGUCUCAUUAACGGCCUUACAAACGGUCAUGUUAAUGGUGAGAAGAUUGAUGUGGACGAUGAUGAGAACGCAUCAACAGCAGCUCCAACACAAUAUGAACUUCUCAUGUGUACCGGAGAAGCACGUAAUUGCAUUGUUCACGACGAGCGGAAUGCGGACCGUCAUCGUUGGUCUUACUUUUAUAAAAAAGAAGAUCUUGAGGCUUUAAUAGAAUCUCUUAAUCCUCUAGGACUUCGAGAGUCGGAACUACGCGAUCAAUUGACCACAUUAAAAGAUCUAAUUAAGGAACACAUAAAAAAUUGUCCAGUGGACAUGUUAAGUGUCGAUGCGAAGCAAACACAAAAGAUUAAAAGCCAAAUGAUGAAUGACACUUAUCGUAAAUAUAACAAUUCAAAUUUCGGUUUCCCCAUCGGUUCCUCCGAUAUAAAUGAAGUGAUGUAUGGAUCGUUGGUCAAACGUAUUUUACAAUUCGAAAGUGAGAUUUAUACGGGAGAUCUGGGACGUCUUAAAGUGAAGGACAUGGAAAAAUGGAGAAAGGAUCUGCACAAGAGCUGCUACGACCCUCAAGCCAAGUUGCAAUGGGGCCCACCCAAACAAUAUGCUGCCGCGACUGAAGAGGAAAAUAACGAAGAGGAAGAGGAAAAUGAAGGUUCGGACAAUGAAACCGAUAACAACGACCGCGAUGAUCGAAAUUAUGCUGGUAAACCUUAUCGCGAUCCUGGCGCCUCUUUGGGCGAUACGUUAGAAAUCGAUUCCGAGGACAGUGGCGAUGAGGGUAUUUCACUGCACGACUCCGAUACUUUACGCUCAUACGUAAAGCAAUUAGCUUCAGCUUUGCUUCAAGUUGAACAAGCGGUGGAAAAGCGUUUCCUCAAAGAACCAUUUGGCGUACAGGUGGUCAAGGACAAAGAUUUAUUGGAACGCAAACAACAGUUAGCCAUCGAUCGUUUGCGUCAGUGGGAGGUAUCAUUAAUGGAGAGUACCAGCUACUCACAGGUGUUUCUGCAUUUAAACGUCUUGUAUGAUUGUAUUAUGUGGGCCCGUUCUACAAACAAAUCCAAUUGUAUGGUCUGUCGACGGGGGAGUGACCCAGAUAAAAUGUUGCUUUGCGAUGAAUGCAACGGCGGUACUCACAUGUUCUGUAUGAAACCAAAAAUGAAGACUGUACCCGAGGGCAAUUGGUACUGCAAACGUUGUGUGGCUCGUCUGGGUCUGGACAAUGAGGGUGAUAAGAAAAAUAGAAAGACACAAAGUCGUAAACGUAAGUUUAUCGUCGAUGAUGAUAACAGUGAUGCGUCAUCUGUGACGUCAGAUACAAAGGCAUCGAAAGGUCGACACAGUGUCGGUGGUGGAGGUGGGCGAAGCAAAAAACGCUUACAAUCCCAUGAGAUUGAAGAUGUAUUUAACGAAGAUGACGACGACGAUGUUGAUCAAGACGAUGAGCCGGAUGAUGAUGAUGAUGACGAGGUGGUGGUAGAACACACGUUGGAAGACAUCGACGAAGAAGAUUUGCAUCCAAACACCGAAGAAAAUGAUGCUGACGAUGACAAUGAGAAAGAACAAAUGACAGGUUCAAACAAUCAAUCCGAUGUUGAUGAAGAUGAGAGUAUUUGCAAUGUUUGCUCAUACGACGGCAGCGAAUUGUCUUGCACACGUUGCAAAGACUCAUUUCACUUAGAAUGUAUCAGUUUGAAACGUAUGCCACGUUACAGUUUUGUUUGUACUAAAUGCAAAACUAAAGAUGGUAACAAAAAACGAAAGAGUCGAGCAAAUGAAUCAUCUUCUGAUAAUGAGAGUAAUGACGAUGAAGACGAUGAACCCCUUGUCAAACGAAGUCGAGCUGGGCGUCCUUCAUCACAACGGAAUUCGUUGGCCAACGCCAGUGUAUCAUCGUCCCAAGAUAAUGUUAAAUCUAAUGGUCGGCGAUCAAUACGUCGCACAGCAGACAAUUUGCCAUUGAAUAGUCCAGCUCUUUAUGAGCUUUUGGAGAAAAUAAUGAAAAACGAACAGGCUUGGCCCUUCCUCAGGCCAGUUUCCCAGUCUGAGGUGCCCGAUUACUACGAUAUCAUUAAGAGCCCCAUGGAUUUUGCAAAAGUAAAAUCAAAACUAAAUAUGGGCUCAUAUCAGAUCAACGAAGAAGUAAUGCGCGAUAUCGAACUUGUGUUUUGUAAUUGUGAUGAUUACAAUGUUAAGGGGAAUGAGAUUUACCAAGCUGGUUCUGCAUUGGAAAAACUUGUCAUCGACUGGUGCAAGGAACUUAAUUUACCAUUUAAGCCUAGUGACAUGAAUACAGAGGAAUAGAAAAUUAUCUUCAUUAUAUUGAAAAGGAAACAAAUUCUAAGCGAUUGUAUUACAUUUCUUUAGAUUUUAUUUGUCCAUUUUACAAAAAUUAUUAACCUUUUUUUCGAUUGCAUCAAAUCAACCUUUUUAAUAUUUAUUUUUUAUUUAGAAAUAUAUGAAUAUUGUGUUUUCCUCCGUUGCUUUAAUUUUUAUAUUUUGAGUAGUAUAUAUUUACCUGUUAAAUUAUCGACGUUUUUUAAAAUGAUUAUUCGUGUUAUAAGCAAAACAAACAAACAAACCAACACACACCGACUCUAUCAUUAUUUAUAUGAAAAAUUCUGGUUAAAGUCAAAUAUGUUUAAAACCAAUUGUAUACAUUUAAUUUCAUUAUUAAUUUUUAUCUUAAGUAUGUUAGUAUAAGAGCUUAGAACAACACUUUUUUGUUUAGAAACUAAAUUCUAGAUUUAAGACUUAAGAAAAAAAUAUUUAAUUAAGAUUCUCACUCUAUCAAGUAGAAGCCUAUAAAAAUAUGCAGAAAACAAGCAACACACAAACAACACUUACUAUAAUAUUUGGUUUAAAAUAAAUGAAAUAAAAUUUGCAUUAUUAAGAUAAAAAUAAAUAUAUAUAAA